AGUAAGCUAAGGUCAGUGUGCUUCUGCAAUUCAUGCGUCAUCCGAAGGCGGGGGCACAACCACCAGCAGUCCACCUCAGUCGCUUAAUUAUACCCAAAGAAAUCCUACAACAAAAACCAUGACUGCCAGAUUUAUCCCCGAACGUUAUGCGCAUCUGAAUGAUGCAAGUAAGCCCAUGAACAGGGAAGCUUUGAGAUUGACAACAUUUCGAAAACCCUCGAGCGAGUGUCGACAAAUGCUAGACAUCGGAUGUGGAACGGGUGAAUUCACGAGGAACGUGCUGCUUCCAUGGAGCAAGCCAUGCCGCAAGAUGGUAGCUGUGGACGCAUUGCCGUCCAUGAUUGAAUACGCCAAGACGAAUUAUCCGCAUCCAAAUAUAAGCUAUGCGGUCCUUGACGCAGCUUCAAGAGAUAUCUCAAAUUUUCUGAAAAAACACGGCAAGUUCGAUCGUGUUUACUGCUUUUACUGCUUGCACUGGAUCAAGGAUCAGGAGGUGGCGCUCGCAAACGUCGGCAAGUUGUUGAAAGACGACGGAGAGUGCCUCUUUUUGUUCGUUUCUCAGUUUGUUUUUUACGACCUGUGGCAAGAGAUGGCAUCAAUGGAGCGUUGGAGGGACAUCAUUGGGGAUCCUUUGGAAAUCUUUCCGAAAUCCUGGAAUCGUGAUCCCAAACCAAGUUUGAAGGAUGUGGAAACUUGUGUGAAAAAAAUGGUCGCAGACGCUGGAAUGGGCACCAUAAGUUGCACUGUUUACCCCGCGACUCCAUGCGUCUUCAAGAACGCCCAAGGAGUACUAGACCUGCUGCUUCCAGCCGUCACCACGAAGGACACUGCUUCGGAGGAGGAGAAGCAAAAAAUGCGUAAGGAAAUGGAGAUCAGGCUGAUCAACGCCUGCAUAAAGACGCCCGACAGCUGCUUUUUCCCUAUAGACAUUUUCAUUCUUCACGCUUACAAAAAAAACUAAAGUUUCACGUUGAUCUUCGAACUCCGUGCGUUGCAGCAUCUAUCUAUCAGUGUCGGUAAUUGACAUACACAGCGAUUCUCCAUGAACCACCAAGACAACCCUUCGGCAUAUGUGUUUUCGUUAUUUGUACAGCGGAUAAAUGUAGCAGGAAAUGCAAGUUAUUUUUCAUGAUCACCUCUGACUGCGAAUAAACAUCUGCUAAGGGACCAUA